AUGGAUCAAGACGGUCACCCAGAUUUGUCCCAUGGAUCUUUGGCGUACCAAAAUAACAACUUUACACACUCAAAUACAGUCACAACACUGAGUGCUAACUAUCCAAAUUCCGGUGACCGUUCUCAUCUACAACAGCAGUACAGUGGAAAUUCGUCCCAACCCUUACAGCACAGUUUGACAAAUCAGAGCCAAGAUCCUCCACUGUGCACAUCUGAGCUCUCCAAUUCUGUUACGGGCCCACAUUGUUCCUCGAUAAGUCCUCAGUCUACAGCCUGUAACAAUUCUAGGCCUACUCCUCCUCAAGGUUCUGUUUACAUGACUGCUCAGUCCUGCCAAAGCUUGAACACGUAUUCUGAGGUCAACAAAGCACCUGCCCAGCCAUUUUACAGCGUCAAUACUCCUACCGCAUCAUCGGGGCAAGGGUCUAUACCAUCUUCGUAUGUCCAACAUCCCCACUCGCAAGCCACUCCAAGUGCAGCGUCACGUUUCAACACCCAAACAUACUCUUCUCCAAUGACGAAUUCUUCACUGCAGACGUCCCAAACCUCUGGGUCAUCUUCCACUACAGACCUAGAAAAACGGCAGCUAAUUCAGCAACAGCUCCUCCUGUUGUUGCACGCUCAAUGUUGUCGUCAGGAACAGGCGCAUUCCGCUCCCUGCACUACCCCUCACUGUCGAACCAUGCGAAAUGUCCUCCAGCAUAUGAAGACUUGCACCGAAGGAAAGAAUUGUCGAAAACCCCAUUGUGCAUCUUCUCGACAGAUUAUAUCCCACUGGAAGAAUUGUAGCAGCCGCGAAUGCCCUGUAUGCGAGCCACUAAAAAGAGGACAUUCAAGAGCCCCUCCUCAAAGGCAAACUGGUUCAGUUGCUGUUCAACCAUCUCAAGCAAAUGAGGUGAAUGGUGUUGCCACCACCCCAUCUCCUGCAGUAGUUCGCUCUCCAAUGCCUCAAAAUAUCAGACGUAGUGCUCCAUUGUCCACCCCCACUACCACUCCCACCCAGGUUCGGAUGAGUGGAGCUUAUCCUCAGACCAUGCCCAAUGUCAGCCCUGCGUCUAGUAUGUCUCAAGGUAGUAGUGGCAGUACUGAUCAGACUGACUGGCGAGCUGGGGUCAAUCAAGAACACCGAGACCACGUUGUCCGUAGAAUAGUCAAAUAUAUUCUUCCACAGCCAGAUCCUGCUGCUUACAGUGACCCUCGAAUGGCAAACUUGAUAGAAUAUGCAAGGAAGGUGGAGAAUGCGAUGUAUGUCGCUGCGAAGGAUAGAGCUGAGUAUUUCCACCUACUGUCAGAGCGCUGCUACAAAAUAUACAAAGAGCUAGAGGAAGCCCGCCGGCGACGCAGAAGUGCCGCUUCCGUGUCAUCCAAUAACACCACACCUACCUCAACACUCCCCAGUGACCCAGGAACAGGCAGCAAUCGAGUCGUUAAUUCUUCUGGCAGUUCUUUUUCUGUUAAUUCUACAGAACCAUUGAAGCCCACUCCUGCCAAAAUUCCUCUUUCCAACAGCACAGAAUUUCGGCCUGCCAACACAAACUCCGUAGUGGAUGUUAAGCCGGAAGCGUGCUCAAAAAGUUGCGGCACUUUCAAGAAGGAGGAAGACGGAAAGUCAUUUACACCGGACAUGAGUCAGUCCAGUGUGACGGGGAACGAUGUUAAGAAGCCUAGUGUCAAAUCUGAGGACUCCCUUCAAUCUGUCGGCUCCCUUUCUAGUGGUGGUGCGCUGGGUUCUGGCGUUGACGGCUCUAAAGUUGACGAGUCUAAGUGGAAAAAGUGGUCCCGUGAGGAGCUUCUGCGCCACUUCCUGCGCCUUCACGAAGAAGUCUACAGCGACAAAAAUGCAGAGUGGUUUCGUGACCCUGUGGAUCCUGUCGCCUUGCACAUACCUGAUUACCCGGAAGUAAUCAAGCACCCAAUGGAUCUGACAACAAUACGAAAUAAUUUAGAGGACGGAGUCUACAAGGAUCCAUGGGAGGUGCUAGAUCAUUUUCGUCUUAUGUUCAAUAAUGCUUGGCUUUAUAACAAGAAGAAUUCCAAGGUUUAUAAAAUGUGUACCAAAUUGUCGGAACUUUUUGAGAGCCAGGUUGAUCAAGUUAUGCAAGCGAUGGGGUUUUGCUGUGGACAUGAGUACUCAUAUCAACAAAUCCUCUACUGCAGUUCCUCCAAUGUAUGUACCAUCGGUAAAGACGCCUGCUACUAUAUGUAUACCAACACCGACAAAAGGGUACUUAUCUGUGAUAACUAUUAUCAAUGCGAAAAAUGUUUCAAUGAGGCGGGCGAUGAAAUAAUGCUUGCAGACGAGGCCAAUCAGACUCCUGUGCCAAUCAGGAAGGAACUAUUCAAGCGGAAAAAGAAUAAUGUUACAAUAGAUGAAAUUGAUGUUUAUUGCAAAGAAUGUGGCCGUCGUUGGCACAAGGUUUGUGCUCUUCACAUGGAUGAAAUUUGGCCGACUGGGUUCAUCUGCCCAGGAUGCCUUCGAGAACGUGGCCAAAGACGCAAAGAAAACCGAUUCACAGCCAAGAAUUUGCCAACCAACAAGCUUAGCAACUUCCUUGAACGGCGGGUCAACAACUUCCUGAAGAAAAAAGAGGUCGGCACCGGCGAAGUGACCAUCCGCGUCCUAGCCAGCUCUGACAAACUUGUUGAAGUCAAACCUCUUAUGCGCGGCCGAUUCACAGAGAGCGGGGAACUCUCUGAAAGCUUCCCAUAUCGCCUUAAAGCCAUCUUUGCUUUUCAGGAAAUUGACGGACAAGAUGUUUGCUUUUUUGGGUUGUACAUUCAAGAAUACGGGUCAGAGUCCCCUCAACCAAAUCGCAGGCGUGUCUAUGUGGCCUACUUAGAUUCAGUCUUUUACUUCCGCCCCAAGCAAUACCGGACUGAUGUUUACCAUGAAAUUUUGGUUGGGUAUUUGCACUACGCUAAGCAAUUGGGUUACACGAUGGCCCAUAUUUGGGCUUGUCCUCCGGGCGAGGGAGAUGACUACAUAUUUCACAUGCAUCCAGCUGAACAAAAAAUCCCAAAGGCCAAGCGUCUCCAGGACUGGUAUAAACGCAUGCUACAGAAAGCCAUGAUAGAGGGCAUUGUGGUUGAUUUCAAGGACAUACUGAAGGAUGCCAUUGACCACCAUCUGGUAUCCCCCACGGAGAUUCCCUACUUCGAGGGCGACUUCUGGCCAAAUACUUUAGAAGAAAUUUUGCAGGAUCUGGAUAAGGAAGAGGAGCGUCGACGCCGUGAGGAGGCAAUGGCAGAAACUGAAGAUGACGAUCCAGACGGCUCACGUGACCGGGAUGGUAGCCUCGGUGAUUUGGACAAGCGAUCCGGCAAAAAGAGGGCCAAGAAACGCAAAUGCAGCAAAAAAGCGGGUGGCUCCGCUGUCAAUAAGCGCAAAAAGUUAGACGGUCCAGUAGACUGCAACACGGAGCUCACGCGAAAGGUUUACGACACGAUGGAGAAGCUGAAGGAGAUAUUUUUUGUUAUUCGCCUGCACCGAAACGGCGCAACUGCUUCCCUCCCGCCAAUUGUCGAUCCGGAUGCCCUGAUAUCCAGCGAAUUAAUGGACAGCCGCGACUCUUUCCUCCAGAUGGCCAGGGAGAAGCACCUCGAGUUCUCUUCACUUCGCCGGGCCAAGUACUCCACCUUGGUCAUGCUCUACGAGCUGCAUAACGAGGCUAGACAGAGCUUCCUCUACACCUGCAAUGUUUGCAAGGCACAGAUCGUAACCCGAUGGCAUUGCAACGAGUGUGACGAGUACGACCUCUGCAACCGGUGCUACAGACGAGAAAACCAUCCUCAUCCAAUGGAGCCGUAUGGUCUGGGCAUUGAGGAGGAGGGUUCUAGCACCAACGGCGAAACCAGUGGCGAGCGUCCAGCUGGCACCGUCGACCGGAAAGCCAAUUUCGAGCCGUGUAUUAGGGCAUUGGUUCAUGCCUGUCAGUGUCGUGAUGCCAACUGCCGCGUACCCACUUGUGUCCAGAUGAAACGUGUGCUGGGACACACUCGUUCCUGUUUAAAACGCUCCACCGGUUCGUGCGCACUGUGUCGCCAGCUGUUUAGCAUCUGUUGUUUGCACGCCAAGUCGUGUUCCGAUGGUCAAUGUCAAGUCCCUCUCUGUCCUCAACUGAAGGAUCGCUUCCGUCAGCAGCUGAUUCAAAAACGACGUCAGCAAAACAAGUCACUUCAGAGGAGAACGAAUCUUACUCGGGGUGCCACUGGUACAGAGUCUUCUGUCGCCGGGUCUGCUUAUCACCCUCACUAUGGUGCCCAAACAACCCCUGUCCAGGCGUCGUCUGUACCCUCGGAGAUCUCUUCGGAUGUCGGCGACUCUCGUCAGGUCUCGCGUACCUCAUCUUUUGCAAGUUCUGAUGGCGGUAGAGUCGGCGGGUUCCAGUCCAUGUCGGUCAAUGGUGGAGUGUCAGUGGCCUCAUCUCCGCGGGUCAUUCCAACUCCUCUAGUCACGCCACAAACCCAACAGGUCCCUAGACUACCUGUUUCAUCCUCACAGAUAGCCUGGAGGGACGGCCAAACAGCCUCCUCACAGCAGUCGGGCCAACUACAACAGCAGCAGACCAUGGCGUCAGCUUCGUCGUUCCGACCUGGUGGCGGUAGUGGCGGUGGAACCCUUCUAGCACAGGAUAUUUCGGCUAUUUCUGGAAGCCCAACUCCUGAACAAAUAGACCAGGUACGCGAGGUGGUGGGACUCAUCAGGACGACAAAUGCUCCCAUCGAGGAACAAAAUAGACAGUUUUUCAAUUGGAUUAAUCGCCAUCCGGAAUACCGACCAGCUUUCCUUGCUUUGCGUGGACGCAACAGACAACUGUUGAGCCAAGGUCAACGUCUGGCGCAGCAACAAGGUGCUAACCAACAGUCGCCUGGGGGUCAAGUCCAAUCCACCGUCAACGUCGCUUCUCUCCCGUCCUCCUCCUCCUCCACACCAUCCUCCGCCUCCGGUGCUCUGUCUUACAACCAGACCGUCGAAUCACUUCCUACCUCUGUGACUUCGCAGCCUAAGCAAGUUGCUCUUAGCGCCACUGCAGUGGGUCAACGCCAGUUUGCCCAGCAGCAGACACAACAGUUCACCCCCCAACUGAGUGAUCAGCAGCAACAACAAUACGUUAUUGCCCAACCAAUGCGGGUGCGUACUCUUCCAGGCGGCUCUGCUGUAAUCCAGCAGCAGGUUCCCUCCCAAACGCAACACCCAGGUGAUCAGCAGUGGGUUGUUACUCGGGUUCGCACGGCUCCAGGUGGCGGCGGUGGUCCAGCACUCUCUGGACAGCAGCAUUCGGCUAGUCAGCAGCAAAUCUACUCCAACAACAGUCCUGGUGGUGUACCAUCCUCCACGACUGUGUACACGACGACUGGCGGAGGCGGCACGACUCUUUUGACGACCAUCGGAGGACCCCAACAAACACAACAACACCAUCCUCAGCAAAUAAUUUCACAGUCAAGGCUUAUUCCGACGGUGACAACGGGUGGUGGUGGUGGUGUUAGCGGUGCGAGAGUUGCUGGUCAGCCAACAACGGUCGUUCACUUCCGCACUGCAACACAGCAGCAGUUGUCCCAAUCUCAGCCUCACAUCCUCGUCGCUAAUCCGGUGACCUCUACUCCACAGCAGCGUCCUAUCGUGGCUCUGAUGCAGCAGCCCUCUCCGCAACAACAGCAACAACAGCAGUUACUGAAGACUCAACAACAACAGCAGCAGCAGCAGAAUCCUCCACCGUCCUCCAGCAACCCCUCCGGCUCCGCCUCCUCACCCACUCACACACUACGAAGGGCCACCCACCCCCAGGUUGACCGAGUGGUCCGCCAUCCGGGCACACGCGCUCCCCUUUCCUGGUUCUCUCCUGCGAAUUCUUCCUCUUUACGUGUAUGCACUGCAACCACCAACUUGUACAUGUCUCCAUCUCCCGCACAGUCGAUGCGUGUCAGUGGCCCUGUCCUUAGUGGUGCUACAAAGCCCCGUCACGUCUCUUCUAUCAAUGAAAACUUAGCAUACCCACCCACCCACCCGAAUGUAGAAUUAAGACCGCAUCCUCCCUCCACCGCUAACCUCGCCCUCGCCUCGCGCACCACCGUCAACACCCUCACUGCCACCGCGAAUCUGUCGUGCGCGCUCUAA